AUUGAAAGCGUUCUUUUCUCCCGCGUACUAUAUGUUCAAAAGUCUGUGUGUUUUCAAAGGUUUUGUAAUUCGAUUUGUUGGGUCGUUAAGUCUGGAUGAGCGAGAGGCUUUUCGGUACUGGUGCAUAGGUAUAAUUCCUGAGUCGAAGUUAGAUGGCAACUUAAGUAAUGAUGGUGAGAUGUUCAGAUUAAUCGAGUUUCUUUGUAAUGAUUGUAAGUUAUCUUUAAAUGAUUUGUCACUGCUGAGAAAAUUUUUAUCGAGUGUUAGUCGAUUUGAUAUGCUUGAGGCGUUGGAACGGGUCGAGUUACGUAUAUCUGUUGGUAGUAUUGUGGAGGAUUACAUUAAGUCUGUGAACGGUUUUCGACAAGGCGGUCAUGUGAAACUGGCUAGUAGGUAUACGAAUAUUGUAGAGUUUUUGGCUACCACAAGAGAAGGGAAUCAGGAACUGAUCUCUUCGAUCUUGGAAGUAUCGAGACAAGUUAACGACAGUAGUGAGAUGUUGGAGGCUAUGGUUGGCGCGAUUCUGGAUUCUCAACUGUCAUGGUCCACGGUUAUAUCUUCAUUGGUGAUUAUGGGUGAGCUGUAUGCUUCGUUCCGUCCAGUCAAUUUAGCAGAAAAUGGUUAUUAUGUCAGUAUGUUCUCUGAGACCAGGGCCAGCGAGUGUCUAACAGUGUGGAUGCUAGAAAACGGCGGUCUGAAAGCUUUUGACGAAUUGAUCAGGAAAAAACAAAGAGUUACAAGUAAUAGUGCUGUGCCGUCAUCCAUUGAAGAAUCUUUGAGAGGAAUCAUCGAAUUGCUUGGACAUCGAAUUGAUAUCUAGUUCAGAAAUUGGCACAAGUGCGACUAUGCGACAGGUUAAUUAUGCGACAGGUUAAUUAAAAUUCAUGUAAUUGAGAUUUAUUAAGGACACAUUAAGUUACGUUAACAUUUACAAGAACAUCCCCUCUCUUGGACUGCCGCCUUGCCGCGGUGGAGGGGCUUGUGUGUUUCUAUGAUCCUGAGAGCUUAGCCGGUGGAGGCGUCGCCUCUGGCAGGUACAACCAAACCGGAAAGAUCAACGGGGAGAUACCAGACCAAAGGGCAGUCACUAAGUCCAUACUCAGUUGGAUAACUUAUUCCUUGUGCUCGUCACAAUGGAUAUCAGUGGACUUAUUGUACCAUAACAGUGUUGUUAUAUAUUGUAUUAUAAUGCACUAUAUUGUAUUAUACUACUGUAUAAUUGCCAUUCAUCCACAAAUAUUAUUCGUCUAGAAAAUGUAAAAAGGAAAAUAUAGAAAAUGUAAUAAACUAAAACAAGCUUCA